GGCACAGAGGCUUUGUAAUUCGAGCAGGUAUUCUGCUGACCUGUUACAACCUGUCUAUCCUGCUUCACCAGUCAUAAAAUACUCACCAGAGAGAGAGACUUGGUGGGCCUGCUUUUUCCAUUUGGCCACUGUCAUAAUGGAAGCACCUGGCUUGAAGCACCUAUGCUGGAAAGGGGAUUUGGUCAUCAACUGUGGAGAUGAGAUUUAGUGGCUCUUUAUGGCCCCAACGCCAUCUCCUAUGAAGUGGCACCCUGCAUGACUGGAAAAAUGCAUCAUCAUCGGAGCUACACACCCGUGCCUUGGCCUAUCAAAGAUAUUCCUAAGAAGUAGUCCAAACUGCCGUUAUCUUGUAACAAGGGUGUCAUACAAGAAAUCCCUGUAUGAGAAUUAUGAUAUAACGGGAUAUUAAAGAUCCCAUCAAGUAGAUGUAAAUCUUAAGCACUACAGCAACACUAGAGGUCCAUUAAAAGAAAGAAAUAAUAGUGUGUUUUUUUUUAUCUGGAUGACAGUAGCAGGUGACAUAUGUGACUGGAAAUAUGGAUAUCCUGGCCUAACUCCGUCACAACCUAAAGAUAAAGAUAGGUUAACUGUUUGACUGCAGGAUCAACAGUAGCCAUGCACAGCCCUGCUCCUGAAAUUGUGGCAGGGUACCCAAGUGGAUGUGUGGUGGAUAAAGAUGCCAAUCCGGAGACAACCUUGGGGAGUGCCUACUCUCCGGUGGAUUACAUGAGCAUCACCAGCUUCCCCAGGCUGCCAGAGGACGACAUGCUGUCUGGGGAAAACACCCUAAAAACUCGCAAAGAUGAUGACAACGUCCUGAGUGAGCAGGAUACAGACCCAGAUCUGUUUCUGAAAUCAGCUCGCCUCCAGCGUCUGCCCUCCUCUGCUUCGGACCUGGCUAGCCAUGAUAUGGCAUCCCUGCGGGAGACCACCAAGGACCCCUUUACAGAAGACUGUGCCUGCCAGCGAGAUGGACUGACAAUCAUCAUCACAGCCUGUCUCACCUUUGCCACAGGAGUCACUGUAGCUCUCAUCAUGCAGAUCUACUUUGGAGACCCACAGGUCUUUAACCAAGGGGCAGUGGUGACAGAUGUGGCCCAGUGUACAUCUCUUGGCUUUGAAGUUCUGGGGAAACAGGGGUCCAGUGUUGAUGCUGCCAUCACUGCUGCCCUCUGUUUGGGAAUUGUCCACCCUCACACCUCUGGUAUUGGAGGUGGUGGAGUUAUGUUGGUGCAUGACAUCCGUAAGAAUGAGACGAGGGUCAUCGACUUCAGAGAGAUGGCACCAUCUGCCAUCCGUGAGGAGAUGCUGCAGACGAACCUUGAUCUAAAUCCCGGCCUCCUAGUUGCAGUACCAGGCAUGCUCAGUGGGAUGCAUCAGGCACACCAGCUCUAUGGCAGAAUGUCGUGGGAGGAUGUGGUUACCAUGGCAGCAGAUGUGGCCAGAAAUGGAUUUAAUGUUACCCAUGACCUAGCUGAGGCUCUGGCUAAAGUUAAGGACCAAAACAUGUCGGAUGCAUUUCGGGCUUUGUUCCUCCCAAACGGCCAGGCUCCCCUCUCUGGGCUGUUCACCAGACGUCUUGAUUUAGCAGCCAUCUUGGAUGCUGUCGCAGUUAAGGGGAUAUCAGAGUUUUACAGUGGAAACCUAACGCAGGAAAUGGCGGCAGCAGCACAUGCAAGAGGCGGAGUGCUCACAGAGGAUGACUUUGGAAACUAUAGCACAGUCUUACAGCAGCCAGCAGAGAUCAUCUAUCAAGGACACCAUGUUAUGGCGGCCUCUGCCCCACAUGCAGGUGUUGGCUUGAUUACUGCUCUCAAUAUCCUGGAAGGCUACAACAUUACCAGCCAGGUGCCCAGGAACAGCACCUACCACUGGAUUGCAGAGGCUGUAAAGAUUGCUCUUGCCCUGGCUAGUGGGCUAGGAGACCCCAUGCAUGACACUUCUGUCUCAGAGAUUGUCGCCAAGAUGCUGAGUAAAUCACAGGCUUCCCUACUCCGCCAGAUGAUCAGUGACUCUCAGGCCUUCCCUGUCGAGCAUUACACUCCAUCAUUUACCUUGGAGCAGGGUGCAGCAGCUGCCCAAGUCAUGGUCAUGGGCCCAGACGACCACAUCGUGUCAGUCAUGAGCUCUCUCAACAAACCAUUCGGCAGCAGGAUAGUGACUCCUUCCGGAAUUCUAUUGAAUAGCCAGAUCCUGGACUUCUCCUGGCCUAAUAAAACACAGAACUCAUCACCUAACCCAAAUAACAGCGUCCAGCCUGGGAAGAGGCCCAUGUCCUUCCUGAUGCCCACAGCAGUGAGGCCUGCUGUGGGGUUAUGUGGCACAUACGUAGCCGUUGGAUCUUCCAAUGGAGAGAAAGCUCUCAGUGGCAUCACACAGGUGCUGAUGAAUGUUCUGUCUUUGCGUAAAAAUAUGAGUGACAGCUUAGCGUAUGGAAGACUCCACCCACAGCUGCAGCCCAACACCCUCUUGGUGGACUCUGAGUUUCUAGACGAAGACAUGGAGCUGCUGCAGGCCAAAGGUCACAAUGUGGAGAGGGUAGAUGUUCUCUCAUUGGUGGAGGGUACCCGGAGAACCAACGACCUCAUCAUUGGGGUGAAGGACCCCCGUAGUGCUGAUGCCUCCGCCCUCACUAUGUCUAACCUGCCCUAGUGCACCCCCCACCCCGACCCUAUACUCACCCAUAAUGAAGAAGGGGUAAGAGUAACACUAUAUGAUUGAUGGUUAGUGAGGAAGUAAGGUGGCUGCUCAUCAACUAAUACACUAAACAAAAGUUAAUGGCAAAGUGCAGUUGUAUAACAGAAAAAAACUGUCAACAAAAAGACAUGCAGCUUUGUCUGAGAUGACCUUGUAGGAAUCUGAUAUGGAUCCACCGAUAUAUUUUUUUGCUUACACACAGAACACUACAAAGGAUCACCAUCUCACAUACCUUGUUGAUAUGCCCUCUCUCACAGCAUCAAAUCAACGUCCAGUCCCAGUGUAGAUAGUGUUCAAAAUGUAUGUCCAUCCCUUUCCCUUAAUUGCAUCAGUCAAAGUCUGCCGCCUAUAUUACGGAGAGAUGUAAGGCGUGUUCAUAAAUUCAGAUCUGAUGCAUUCAGUUCCACAUAAUGAAAGCAAUAAACUUAAGGGGUUUAGAGUGGAUUUACUUUCUAGUGGAUGUGCUAUUUUCACAACCUUGCGUGGCAGCUAGUUUUUGGUCUGUGGGGUACUGAGCAGACCAUUCAAGAGUGUUGCACUCUGAAUCAGAAUCAGCAUUAUUGCCAAGUAGGUUUACACAAUUUGCUUCGGUAUUUUGGUGCAAGAACAGUAAACGUAGUAGAAAUAUAAAGAAAGAUAAAGCAAGUACUGCAGGUCAAGACAUACAUAAAAUAUAAAAUUGACAAUAAGAUAUUAAAGAAUAUUAAAAAAUAUUUUAAGGAAAUAAUUAAGAAUACGUGUGAAAAUAAUGAAGAAUAUGUACAAUAUGAUCGUUAUAUUCUUCAUUAUUUUCAUACAUAUUCUUUAUUAUUUUCUUGAAUGUAGGAUCAGGAAUUCUGAUGGAAAUUAAUGAUGAGCAAAUUGAUUCUUUGCAAGAAUGGGCAGACAUGAAAAAGUAAUGAUGCCACACUAGGAAGCCACCAUUUACAACACAUGCAAGGUCCUCGGUGCAUUCGAACCCACCAUUCUGCUUUUCAAUUCUUCCACUGCCUUUCACCAUCACUCCAAAUAACACACAAGAUCAUGUGGAAUGGUAAAGCUAAUAAUAUUUAAACCAGUGAUUAAGCCUUGCAUUGUCACACCUGAACUAGACUAUACUAAACUGAACACAGAGGCUAAACCAUUACUCUCCUGCUCUUCAUAUGUUGUGUAACUGUGAUUAGAUGUUGUUUGGUACAGCUGCUGGAGUUGUAAUUGUUGCAAACAAUCAGUGGCUCCUUGGGACCAUGUUGACACUAACACAGUAUUUACACAAAGUGCAUCAUACAGAACUACACUUAGACCUUCACAUCUCAAUUGAUUUCCUUAAACAAGAGGAUUUGCUUCGGGCUCACAGGUGUUAAAUAUUACUAAUGGUAGAAUAAGUGUAUUUAAAUAUAUAAUUUAAGAAAUUUUAGUUGUUGCAUGAUUUUGUUUUCAUUUGAAGCUUGUGGCUUACAUUUGUUUUAUUAUCUUGUUUUUAGAAUGGGAAUAAUCUGAUUCUUUACAGAUGGAUUGAAUGUAAUCUGUCUAUUUUUAUAUGAACAUUUGUUGGGCUGUAUACAUUAUUUAUACGGUUGUAACACAAUGCAUUGAAUCAACACAUUUUAGAAAAGGCUGAUAUGUUAAUUAUUUGUGUACUUGUGUAAUUAUUUCAGGUAGUAGAUUUGAAUGAACAACCAACAGCUUUUGUAAAACAUUGCAUUCUAAAAGUGGUUAAUUCUAGAAUGGCCAGUGCUGACUGAUCAAACGGUCCUUAAUCUUGUUGUCUCUGUUGUUGGGUACUAGUGCAAUAUAUGACUGUUGAUGCUUGUUUCCUGUACUGUAGAGUACCAUGCCUUAGGGCACGCAUUUGCACCACAUCUGAUGUUUGAUUUUAUUUGCAUUUGUAUCUGAUUUUAAUAAAAAUCAGCACUGUCCAAACCAAGAAAUAAAAUGUUUGCACACAUCCUAA